GAAGAAGAAGAGGAGGCGGAAGUCAUCCGGAGCUUGUUGCUAACUCGCUAGCAGCUCAUGAUCUUGUUCGUGAACUUCGUCAAACACUUAAAAUGAACAAACUGAAUAAAUCAAACGACUUUGACUCGUAUGAGAUCGAGGAGCCGAGCGACGAGGAGAGGGCUGAGGACAGUUCGGAGGAUGAGCUGGAUGUGCUGCUGAACGGGACUCCGGAGCAGAAGAAGAAGCUGAUCAGAGAGUAUCUAACUGGGGAGAGCGAGUCGUCCAGCGGGGAUGAGUUCGAGAAGGAGAUGGAGGCGGAGCUCAGCUCCACCAUCAGGACGCUGGAAGGAACUUGGGGCCCAGCAACAGCAGCAGAAACCCCGGGAAGCGGAGGAGGAGCAGUUGACGGCCCUGGACUUCCUAACUCCCGGAUGUACGAUGAGAUUUACUUUGACUCUGACUCAGAGGGGGAGGACACACCAAGUGGCUCCACUGGCCGGAGGCGGAAACAGCGGACCAUACCGACCAAUGAUGAGCUGCUGUACGACCCUGACGAGGACGACAGGGACCAGGCCUGGGUGGACGCCAGGAGGAGAAGGUAUCAAAGCAGACAACGGCCAGCUGCAGGGUCUCAGUCGCAGCCUCGUCAGUCUCAGGGUUUACCCAGCAGCGACGCCAUCCUCAACUGUCCCGCCUGCAUGACGACGCUCUGCUUGGACUGUCAGAGGCAUGAAAAGUACAGGACGCAGUAUCGAGCCAUGUUUGUCAUGAACUGCAAAGUGAAGAAAGAUGAGGUGUUACGCUACAAGACCCAGCAGGAGAGGAAACAGAGGAACAGGAAGAGGAGGAGGGGGCAGAAAACAGAAACUCCAUUGGACGAGGCUCCCGACCUAAGGCCGGCGGGGAUGGACGCUGAUGAGGUUUACCACCCGGUUCAGUGCACCGAGUGCUCGACCGAGGUGGCCGUGUUCGACAAAGACGAGGUCUACCACUUCUUCAACAUCCUGUCCAGCCACUGCUGAGACAAACAAGCAGACCGUUUUUUAUUUCAUGGGUUUGACCGUGACUCUUCACCUCGCAGCAGCUUCUUCAGCUACAGCACUACAG